CAGUCUCACUCCCAACCAACUGCCGCUGCCACGCUCUGCUGCUUCUCUUCUCCCAGCCUCCACGGCUCCGCCUCCAGAGUCCACGCCAACCACUAGCACCGACAGCCUCGCCCCACCAACCCACCGGUCCACUGCCCGCCGCCGCAUGACGGUGGCCCGCGGUCCGCCCGGCCGCCCCUCUUCCGGGCUUCUGGGCUGCUGGCGCCGCCGCCCGGCGCUGGGCUUCGGCGCCAAGGUCGGCAUCGCCAUCGCGCUUGGCCUCUCCUUCGCCAUCAUCUGGACCUCACUCUCCCCGACUUCCUCCUCCCAGCAGAUCUCUACCGAGCGAUCCUCCUUCGCAGCCGAAGUUGCCGCACCGCCAACUGCCUUCCACAAUCGCACCGCCGGCGGCGGCGGCGGGCACGCUCACCGGAAGCCCCGCCCCGUCCCGCACAGCCACAAGAAGCGCCACCCUGCUCCGUCUGGAUCCCAUUCCCAUCCCCACCGCUCCAAUGCCACCGCCUCGCUGGAUGCCGCCGCUGUGAAGGCCGAUCACUCCGAGCCGGCUCCGGUAACCGACCCGGGGCCGAAGGAGAAGGAACCGGAGCAGGAGCAGGAGCAGGAACAGGAGCCAGACAUGGAGAUGGAGCCGGAACAGGAAGCGGAGCUGCCCAUGCCCGAGCAGGGCGGGGACAAUUCGGGGAAGGCCCCUGCAGAGGAGGAUGAGGAGAAACCGCCGCAGCUGGAAUUGGAAGACGAGCCUAGUGAGGAUGACGGCGAGGAGGAUGAUCCCGAGGCGGCAAAGAGGAAGGCUCCAAGUAAGAAGAGGAAGCUCCCGCCUUUGUUCAGCCCGGGUGCGCAUUACCACUGGAAGCUUUGUGGCGCCAAGAGCAGCUACCACUAUAUUCCUUGUGUGGAUUUCGAUGGGGAUGGGAGCCAGAGGCACCAUGAGCGCAGCUGCCCAAGGUCUCCUGUUACGUGUUUGGUGUCACUGCCCAAGGAGUAUAAACAGCCUGCUGCAUGGCCCGAGAGGAAGGACAAGGUUUGGUAUGGGAAUGUUGGGCAUCCUAGGUUGUCAAAUUAUGUUAAGGGACACAACUGGCUGAACCACAGCGGCGAGUACUUGAUGUUCCCGCCAGACGAAUGGGAGUUCAAAGGUAGCGCAAGACAUUAUGUUGAAUCAAUUGAUGAGAUGGCUCCUGACAUUGACUGGGGUAAAAAUAUACGCAUAAUAUUGGAUGUCGGAUGCAAAAGCGCUGGCUUUGGUAUCGCUCUACUCAAGAAAGAUGUGAUAACGCUAUCUUUAGGCCUUAUGAAUGACCAAACAGACCUUGCGCAAGUUGCCCUUGAACGUGGUAUCCCUGCAACAGUUGGCAGUCUGGGAUCGCGAAGAUUACCCUUCCCUAGUGGUGCAUUUGAUGCUAUUCACUGUGGUGAUUGCAAUAUACCAUGGCAUUCUAAUGGUGGAAAACUUCUCCUAGAGAUAAAUAGAAUUCUUCGUCCAGGAGGAUACUUCAUCAUAUCAAGCAAAAGUGCUGACCUGGAGAGUGAAGAAGGAAUAUCAGCUUCAAUGACUGCGCUUUGUUGGAAUGCAAUAGCUUACAAUAGUGAUGAUGUCAGUGAGGCUGGAGUGAAGAUAUUUCAGCGACCAGCCUCAAACGAGGUAUAUGAUCUGAGAGCAAAAAAAGAUCCUCCAUUUUGCAAGGAAGAGCAGAACAAAGCUAGUGCAUGGUAUACCCAUAUCAAACAUUGCCUGCACAAAGCACCUGUUGGUAUCGAAGAAAGAGGCAGUGACUGGCCCGAGGAGUGGCCCAAGAGGCUCGAGAGUUUCCCUGAGUGGCUCGGGGAUACACAAACAAGGGUGGCUUCUGAUCAUAACCAUUGGAAGGCUGUUGUUGAGAAAUCUUAUCUGGAUGGAUUGGGCAUUGACUGGUCAAAUAUCCGUAACGUAAUGGAUAUGAGGGCUGUAUUUGGAGGAUUUGCAGCUGCACUGGCAUCUAAAAAGGUUUGGGUCAUGAAUGUUGUUCCUGUGCAUGCUGCAGACACCCUACCCAUAAUCUAUGAACGUGGCCUGAUCGGUGUGUAUCAUGAUUGGUGUGAACCAUUUAGUACAUAUCCAAGGUCCUAUGAUCUUUUACAUGCUGACCAUUUAUUCUCACGCCUGAAGAUCAGAUGUAAGCAACCUGUCUCAAUUGUUGUUGAGAUGGACCGGAUUUUGAGGCCUGGAGGUUGGGCUAUCAUCCGUGAUAAACUCGGGAUCCUUGACCCAUUGGAGACAAUCUUGAAAUCACUGCAUUGGGAAAUUGUCAUGACCUUCAGAAAGGACAAGGAAGGUAUCAUGUCUGUAAAGAAAACAACAUGGCGUCCAGCAUUUUUGAGGAUAUUUCAGUGUUUCUUUGAAGACGAGCAUGGAAGCGGCCCAGCCCACCAAGGCCCAAAGCUAAGCUUCCAAGUUCCAAAACCCCCAAAACCCAAAGGCCCGAGCCGGUCGGACCAAGCACGCACCACCGCCGCGAUGCCUCCCUUCCCGGCGGCGACCACCGCCUCCACCACCUCCCACCUCGCCCUCCUCGUGCUCCUCUCCUCUUCCUCCCUCUUCUUCCUCUACAAAUCCCUCCGCCUCCGCCGCAAACCCUCCCCAGCUCCAGCCCUCGCCCGCACUGCCACUCCUACUCUUCUCUACGCCUCUGCCACCGGCACCUCCAAAACCCUCGCUGAGCAUCUCUCCGCCCGACUGACCGCCGAUGCCGGCUUCCCCGUCCGCGCCUCCGACGCUGCCACCUUCGACCCCGACGACCUUCCCUCCGUCCCGCUCCUCCUGCUCGUCAUCCCCACCCACGACGGCGGCGCGCCGCCCCCUUCUGCGGCCUUCCUUUCGCGCUGGCUUGAGGAGUCCGCCGCUGACUUCCGCGCGGGAGCACUCCUCCUCUCCGGCCUCCGCUUCGCAGUCUUCGGGGUUGGGUCCCGGGCCUAUGGGGAGACCUUCAACGCUGCCGCGAAGAGCUUCUCGCGGUGGUUGCGCGCGCUCGGCGCCGUUGAAGUGGUUCCUUUCGGGGAGGGCGACAUGGAUGGCGGGGAUCUCGAAGCGGUGUUCGAGGAGUGGAGUAGGAGGGUGCUGAGAGUGGUGAAGGGCGAGGAGGUUGGUUAUGGGGCUAAUGAAAAAAGCAAUGGGCUUGAUGAGUUGGAGUUGGAAGGGGAGGAUUGGGAUGAUGACGAUGAGGAGGAGAUGGUGGAUGGGGAGGUUGACAUGGAAGAUAUUGCUGGGAAAGCACCGGCAAGGAGGAAGAAUGGGAAUUUGGAGGGUGUUGUGGCUAAUGGAGUGCAGAACGGUGUAAAGGACAUGGUCACACCAAUCAUUAGGACGAGCUUGGAGAAGCAAGGUUACAAAAUUAUCGGUUCUCAUAGUGGAGUGAAGAUUUGUAGAUGGACUAAAUCGCAGCUGCGAGGCCGUGGAGGGUGUUAUAAACACUCAUUUUAUGGCAUAGAAAGUCACAGAUGCAUGGAAGCAACUCCAAGUUUGGCUUGUGCAAAUAAAUGUGUAUUUUGUUGGAGACAUCACACAAAUCCUGUUGGAAAGAGUUGGAAAUGGAAGAUGGAUGACCCUCUCGACAUUGUGAAUGCUGCAAUUGACCAGCAUACUAAGAUGGUUAAGCAAAUGAAAGGCGUACCAGGAGUAAAGCCAGAAAAACUUGAAGAGGGUCUGUCACCUAGACAUUGUGCGUUAUCUCUGGUUGGUGAACCAAUAAUGUACCCUGAGAUAAAUGCUCUUGUGGAUGAGCUACACCGAAGACACAUAUCUACGUUUCUGGUUACAAAUGCUCAAUUUCCUGAAAAGAUUAAGGCAUUGAAACCAAUCACUCAGCUGUAUGUCAGUGUGGAUGCAGCUACAAAGGAGAGCUUGAAGGCUGUUGAUAGGCCACUAUUUUCAGACUUCUGGGAGCGUUUCCUGGAUUCACUCAAGUCAUUGCAUGAAAAAGAUCAAAGAACAGUUUACCGACUUACACUGGUUAAAGGCUGGAAUGCAGAAGAGAUAGAUGCAUAUGCGAAACUGCUAGAUCUCGGCCAGCCUGAUUUCAUUGAAAUCAAGGGUGUAACAUACUGUGGCUCGUCAGCGACUUCAAAGUUGACAAUGGAAAAUGUACCUUGGCACUCUGAUGUAAAGGAAUUCUCCGAGGUUUUGGCAUCAAAAAGCGGUGGUGUAUACGAAGUAGCGUGUGAGCAUGCUCAUUCAUGCUGUGUCCUACUUGCAAAGGUAGAUAAGUUCAAGAUCAACGGCAAAUGGCAUACCUGGAUAGAUUAUGAUCGUUUCCAUGAACUGGUGACAUCUGGAAAGCCUUUCAAGAGCCGAGAUUACAUGGCCAUGACGCCCUCAUGGGCUGUCUAUGGAGCAGAGGAAGGUGGAUUCGAUCCGGAUCAAUCUCGUUUCAAGAAGGAAAGGCGCCAUGGAACUGCUGCACACAAAAGUUUAUCUUGAGAAGAAAACACUUACAUAUUUUACUGCUUUCUAGAGGCUAACAUUUUGGAAGCAAGAUUUUUGAAAUGUUAGCUUCCAAACAAUAUAUUUUCUGUUUGUCAUGUGAAUCAGUUUUUGAAAAUUCAUUUUUGAUAGUUUUUAUUGGAACAUGCAUUUUAUUCUCUAGAUGUAGUGACGGGGCGAGUUUACGACUGAGAUUCAUAAGACCAGCAAAGACUUGUUCGGUUGCUAGGGAAUCAUUUCCUGUAACGAUUCCUAACUGGAUUGCUUGGCUAAUUUAUAUAGUCUUUGAUUAGCUGGAACAA